AUGCCAAUGCAAUCAUUCAAACACACUCUCUCAAACAAUGGCACUGUCACAGGCAUCUAUUCGGUUCCUCUACUAUCCAUGUCAGCAGCUCCCCGCCCUCUUGUUGUAGGACUUCAUGGUGGAUGUUAUGACAGCCAAUAUUUCGAUGCAACACCCGACCACUCUGCUGCUUCUAUGAGUAUGGCUUUGGAUGUUCCGUUUGUAUCCAUCGAUCGACCGUCGUAUGGUGGAACUAGCUCUGUUAUUCCCAUUCCCGAGGAUUCUGAUUUCAACCAGGAAACCGGGAUCUGGCUGCACCAGUAUAUCCUACCUAAACUUUGGUUGGAAUACGGUAUUCCUAACAGUUGUAACUCCAUCGUGCUCUUGAGUCACAGCUUAGGAGUUAUGGGUGCUAUUGUGGUCGCAUCACUACAUGCGCAGGACAAAUCGCCUGCCUAUCCCUUGGGUGGUCUCAUAGCUAGCGGCAUGGGUCAAACUCAAUCUCCGUUCAUGAAGAACACUCCUCCUAGCUUCGAACCAGUGGAUGAAAACUAUGCCAGAUUCCCCAUUGAGUCCAAGGAUUCCGUCAUGUUUAAGCCGAACACCGUUGCACCAGAAAUACUUGACCAGACCGAACGCCUCGAUUCACCUGUUCCUAUAGCUGAAGCAGCUUUAUUUCCGCAGUCGUGGCUGCCCGUUUGGAAAGAGAAAUGGGCUGCGCAGGUCAUUGUGCCUGUUAUGUUCUCUCUUGUGAAUGACGAUCCUUUUUUCGUUGUCAAUAAGGAAGAAAUUGAAGACUGCGCGAAUGCAUUCGGAAGUAGCGUUCGAGUUGAUACCAGUAUUAUAAGAGGAGCGCCUCAUUGUGUGGAGUUGAGUUAUUGGUCAAAGGGCUGUGGCUGUAAUGAGUUGUGGACAACCUCGGGCAAUCCAACCCCAUUUGUGCAGAAAAGCAGGAUUUACUUCCCGGGACAUGGAGAGCGAAGGCUCACUCCAUACGAUCAUCGCCGGACUUUCACUCAAGGCACCUUCGUGAAGGCCCAGAAUGUCAUCGCAGAGGUCUCCGUCAUCCAUGUACCCUGGGGCUAUGGAGUGCAAGAUAUUAUCUCGUAG